AUAAAAAGGGAAUAAAACAUUGACUUGGAAAGAAACAUUUCGUAUUAUCGUUUUUUCUUAUUGGUUUUCUUUGUUGAUAGUUGGAGUUAGCUAAUAAAUUUUAUUAUUUCGAUUAAAACCUUAUUUUAUCAUGUCAACGAUGAUGUGUGCAAAGUGUGCUAGACCAUUUACAAGUGGAAGCAUUUUAAGUGCAUUAGAUAAAAAAUGGCAUCCUGAAUGUUUUGUAUGUACCAUUUGUAAAAGAACAUUAGCUGAUCAAUCAUUUCAUGUGAAAAAUGAUGAUCCAUUUUGUGCAAAUUGUUGGAAAGAAAACUUUCAACCACGUUGUGCUACAUGCAGUAAAAUUAUUGAUCCAUCCGAACAAUAUAUGACAUAUAACGACAGAGCUUAUCAUAAGAAUUGUUUCACAUGUGCUGCUUGUCAUCAAAGUUUGGCCGGCAAACAACAAAUUUCACAAAUUAAUAAGAAUUUCAAAAUUGUUCUUCAUUUGAAAUGA